CGAGCGGGCGGGGCCCCGCCGCCGCCAUCUUGGCCCGGGGCACGGCCCCGCCGGUAACCGGGAGCACGGGGUGACCCCCCUUGUCCCUGCCACCCCCCAGGCGCCAGCCAUGGAGCCCAGCGGGGCCGGGCGCAAGGACAGGCCCAAGGGCCGGGAGCCCGCGGCUCGGCUGGAGAAAGCGCGGCAGAAAUCGGCCCAGCAGGAGCUGAAGCAGCGGCAGAGAGCGGAGAUCUACGCCCUGAACCGUGUGAUGACGGAGCUGGAGCAGCAGCAGUUCGACUCCUUCUGCAAGCAGAUGCAGGGCUCUGGCGAGUGAGGGGCACCCACAGCCCCCUCCUUCCCUCCUCCUUUUCCUUCCCCCCACCUUCCCUUUGCUUUGUUAUUUAUUAGCUCACAAGCCCUGUCUUGGGUUUGCUUUGGCUUUGUUUUUAAAUAAACCCUUGUGGUGCUGGU